AUGAACGAUUCGCUGCGGUCGGAUUUGUUCGUGCGCUACACGCCGGAGACGAUUGCCUGCGCAUGCAUCUACCUCGCCGCUCGCAUGAUGAGACUGCCCCUACCCCGCAACCCACCUUGGUUCCAUAUCUUUCAUGCUAAGGAGUCUGACAUCCAGGACAUUUCCCUUAACAUACUCAGUUUGUACAAAAUGACGAAGCCUGACGUUGAUCGACUGGAGAGGAUCGUGGAGGACCUUCGGAAGGCCCAUCAGGAAGCAAAAUUCAAGGAGAGGAGUGGCCUCACUCCACUGGGAGCUGGAGGAUUCAGUCCCCAUUCACGGCCUGCGUCGCCAGUGAGGCCAAGUUCGGCAGUUCCUACCAUGCCAAAGAAGGUGCCUGAGGGAGGUCUCCCUCCCCCUUCAGACCCUGAACCUCAAGUCAAUGGCGAUUCUUCUAACAGAGAGAAAGAGAAGGGGAAGGAGGACAACAAUCACGUAAAGCGAGGGACCAAAAGGAGUGAGACUCCCUCGCGAAGUCGGUCCCAUAGCCGUAGUGGAUCGCCCAGGAAGGCCAAGAGACGCAGGAAGCAUUCGCACUCGAGCAGUGGAUCUAGGGAAGCUUCGGAAGAUGACGAAAGAAGGAAGAGGAGACGCGAAGCGUCUAAUUCUCGGCAGUCCGGCAAAAGGCAUGCCCGUAGAAGGAGCCGGAGCCGCAGUCUCAGCUCCCUUUCCCUUUCGCCUCCUUUGUCGAGGCAUAGAAAAUCUCACAAGGACAAAGGAGAGAAGGCGAAAUACAAGAAGAGCAAAAGCAAGACCCGCAAGCAUUCCCACUCGCGUUCUCCUAGUUACGACGGACGACACGGAUCCUUGUCGAAGCAUCACCGUCAUCACCAUCAUAAUAGCAUCGACGAUCAUCACAGCCGCCCCAAGGAACGGCAUCGCAAGUGACCUCAGACAUGCCAGCCUAGGACCUAGGAUUUCAAUGGUGUUUUCCAGAAUUGUGAAUUGUGUUUCGUAAUGUGUCAGACCGGACCGACAUGAUGCCACACGUGACUUCUGUGAUGAAUUUUUUCCUGUCGGUCUUUUUUUUUUCGUUUGUCUUUGGUUGUUCGAUGGAUCGAGUCUCAAGAAUGAAAGCAAUGUCAGCAGGAAUUAUUUCUGGUAUGAA